AUGAACAUAGUUAAGAGAUUUCUCGCAAAGAAACAACCAGUUAUCUUAGAUGAGUUGAUAAUUAUUCCAUCCGGUCAACUUUAUCUUGUGCGUUCGCCAUCCUCGCCGAAGUCAGAGAAUGAAUGUUUGUAUAAUGAUGCUGCUUUAACCAUUAGAAACACAAUCCACCAAUACAACUAUGAGCUAGUUCUUUGGAAAGGAAACGAAUCUGAUUCAGAUUCUCUGAAUGAUGAAGAAGAUGAGAAUUCAGAGGCACAAGAUGAAUUCUUUGAAAACGAAUCAAAUGUUUUGAAAAGUUUCGUAAUUGAUCAAAAUUUGAAAGUAUGUUUAUUUGAGCGGUAUGGUGAAAAAAUAAUUUCAUGGAAAGAUAUGGAAGGGGACUUUGGCGACAUGUUCGAAUAUAGAAUCAACAAAUCUGUUCCAAAUGAUACAAUUGAACAGUUCAUGACGUGUAUCUGUAAAUAUGAAUAUGAAAAAAAGUAUGAGAAAUCAAGUGAGUUUGUAACGGCUAAGGAGUUGCAAGAGUUUAUUGUUGAAAGAUCAGAGCUUUUUGAUAGUUGUUUGGAUUCGGCGUAUACACCGUCAAGCUCAAGUACAAUCAACAUGCUUCAGCUAUUGAAUAAAAACGAGAAUAAGGUAGAAUAUGGUGAGGAUAACGAUAGCUUUUACGAGAAUUCCAAUAGUGACUCUGAUAGUGACUCUAACAGUGAAGGGGAAGAUUAUGCUAAGUUUGAAGAUGCAGCAGAAACACUUUAUUCCGAUAUCUCAAAUGAUGAUUUGAAACAAAGAAUCCCUUUGGAUGAUUUUCCCUGUAAAUCAUACAUCUAUGAUCCAACAUCAGAAGAGUUCAAACCGAAGCAUCUAAACGUAUCUGUUUUUCUUUAUGAAUUAUCGAAUUGGACCUAUUGUAUGGAAGUUAAAGACCGUGUAAAUGGUGCCAAUUAUCUAGUUGCCGCCCUUUCAAACCAAAUGGAUCCCGCAUUUAGAUUUGAACAGUUAGCAUUUAUUUUCAAUGUGUUCACUUCUAUUAAUGCAUUCACAUGGCUACUAAAAUUUCAGGAUAAGGACACUUAUGAAAAAUUUCAAUCGAUAUUUAUGAAGUUACAUUGGCAAUAUAAAAAUCAACAACUAUGGCCGACAAACGCUACUGAUGAACACUACUUAGUUAAUACAUUUGAGGAUAUGGAUAUCGAUGAUCCACAUUUUGAGAAUAAUUUACCAGAAGAUACUGAUUCAAGUACAGACUCCGAUUCCGAGGAGGAGGUUGCGGGAACUUCUAAUUUGAGAGAAACUAAGUAUAAGGCGCGUGUUGAUUUUGAGGAGUCGGAGGAUGAGGAGACACGAUUUGUGGGUAGUAGUAAAAACACGGGUUUAGUGUUAGGUUUGAAAACAGACAAUGCUUUUAUUUCGAGGGGUGACAAGAUAGGCAUCUUUAGGACAGAUGAUGGCACCCUUCAAUUUUCCACGACGAUUGAUAAAUUAACGUUUUCAAAAAAUGGUAGUAAGCCAAUUGUUCCAUCCAAAAUGCUUCUUUUAGAGAAUGAUAAGACGAUGAUUAUUCAAGAUAACAAGAAUCGUGAUAAAUUGCAUAAACUGGAUUUAGAAUAUGGUAAGAUUGUUGAGGAUUGGGAACUAAGGAAAAAUGAUAAAGACAUACCGAUUGAAAGUUUUACGACUAAUACAAAGUUUGGUGAUUUGAUGAAUGAUCCAACAUUCGUUGGAGUGUCCAGCCAAUCUAUGUUUAAAGUCGAUCCAAGAAUACAAAACGGGUUUGUCUCCAAUGACAAGACAUAUAAGACCAAAACGAAUUUCAAACAUGUUUCAACAACAGGAAAAGGUUAUCUAGCAGUUGCAAGUAAGAAUGGUGAAAUUCGAUUAUAUGAUCAACUCGGUAAAAAUGCGAAGACUCUACUACCGGCUCUAGGAGAUGAAAUUCGGGGAUUAACCACAUCCAAUGAUGGUCGGUAUGUUCUAGCUACAUGCAAGACGUACUUAUUGUUGAUUGAUGUAUUAAUACAGAGUGGAAAAUAUGAGAAUAAACUAGGAUUCGAGAGAUCUUUUGGUAUUGAUGCCAAACCUAUGCCAAAGAAACUCCAGCUUAAGCCAGAGCAUAUAGCUUACAUAAAGAAAAAACAUGGGUUGGAUGUUAAGUUUUCAGUUGCCAAAUUCAAUGAAACUUCUAGAGGCGAUGAACCUACGUACAUUGUCUCAUCAGUUGGACCCUUUGCAAUUACAUGGAAUUUCCGUAAGGUAUUAAACAAUGUGAGAGAUAGCUAUAAAAUUAGGGCUUAUCAAGAUGAUGUGAUUAUGGGAGAAUUCAUCAAUAAAAAUAACAAAAAGAUGGUUUUAACUUUAUCGGAUGAUAUUACAAUGACUUCGACGUCAUCCUUCAAGGCACCUAAACACGAAUUUUCAGUUGUCAAAACAGCUUUUUGA